CUUAUCAAGCAGCAGAUUCUCUCCCUCCAGUUUAGGAAGGAGCACCUUCUGCGCAAUCAUUUCUCAGCUGACGGAGGAAACACAGCCACUAUUUGAAACCACUAUCAAAUCCCGUUCUGUGUCCGAGGACUCUGAUGCUAAAUUCACGUGCAUAGUGACAGGGUAUCCGCAGCCGGAGGUGACGUGGUACAAGGAUGAUGAGGAGAUGGAUCGUUACUGUGGCUUACCCAAGUACGAGAUAUUCCGUCAUGGAAAUCGUCACACCCUGCAGCUGUAUAAGUGCCGAGAAGAAGACGCAGGCAUUUACCAGGCCUCAGCUAGAAAUACCAAAGGCAUUGUGUCCUGCUCCGGCGUGCUGGAAGUGGGAACCAUGACGGAGUUCAAAAUCCAUCAGAAGUGGUUUGACAAAAUCAAGAGAAAAGCAGAAGAAAAACUUCAAGAGAUAGAUCAGGGCAAGAAACGAGGGAAAGAAAAUGUGGAGGUGGAGAAGUUGCAAGGAAUGAGCCCCGAAAGGCUUCAAAGGAAGCGGAGGUUGGCCAGGGAUCAGAAUGUCCAGUCGGGAGACUCUUCAUGGGAGAAGGAAGAGGCAGCAAAAGUGCAUGUUGCUGAUAAUGAGUCCAGAUUGCACGAGGAUAUCAGUGAGCAGAAGGAGCAGCCAGUCAGUGCAGUGACAGGCUUUUCAAACAGCCUGGUAGCACCUCUGAAAGCAGAGGUGACCACCAAUGGAGAUGCCACUUUGGAAAGUGGGGAGGAGAAUGGGAACAGCUUUCUCACGUACAUCUACGAGACAGUGGAGGACCUGGCAACUAAGCCUGGGACAAAAGACUCUGCAGCUAAAAAGAAAAAGAAGGUGGAGGCUCCUCCAGCAGCACCACAGGAAGUUUCCAAGCGAGAGGAAAGUGGACGAGACAGGCCCAAUCCUUCCUCAAACCCCAGGUUUGCUCCUCCUGUUCCCUUACGCAGGAACGCACGUCUGAGGGCGGCGAACGAGCAAGAAGUGGAAACCAGUCCAAAACUCAAAGAGCCUGAGAAAGCUGUGAACCAGGACACUAAAAGCAAUGAUGAUGUGUACUUCUCUUUAAAGGACAUGUAUUUUGAUAAGCAAGUGAAGCCAACAGCGGGGAAGGAUGAGGUGGGACCCAAGGAUGAGGCUGGGAGAGAGGCUGCUGCCAGCAGGCAGACACAGGAUGCUCCUUUGUCCUCCAAGGUGUCAGAGACAGGACCUGUGAGGUCCGAGGGACAGAGAGGCCACCACCAAGCCCAGAAGUCGGAGGGAAACAAAGAGGUUGCAGCAACAGUGGGACAGUCUGCUAGUGACCUAAAACAUCCGGUGUCCAGUCCCAUCACAGAGACUGGGCAGCAAACCAGUAAGUUAGAGGAAGUCAGGAAAGAGGUGCCUGUCUGCCAGGAGACCAAGGGGGUUGUGAAAAGGACAAAUCCUCGGCUGAGGCCUCGAGAGCCACCAAAGCCACCAGCACCUCCUCCAGACCAUGAACAAUCCGGCAAGGAACACCCACUCCCCGGGAAACAGGCAGAAGGACAUUCCCGUGCUCUUGAGGGCAGAGAGACUCAGCAAGGACUGUUAAAUCAACAGGGCAAAAGUCAAGGUGGGGAAGAGACAUUGCUAAAAAAUGUGAGUCCUCCAGAACGUGAAGAAAAUGCUCCUCUUGAGCAUAUCCCACAGCAGACAGUAAAGGAUGGGAAGAGCAAAGAGGCAGAAGCAGAGCUGUCUGGGAACCACCCUGGUGUGGGUAGAGGAGGGAGAGGUGCAGCAGAGCCACGUCCUGGGGCUGCACACAGAGAGGCAGGAGGGACCUCUUUGGGACAUCAGGACACUGGAACAGCAGCUCCUGCUUCAGUUCCACUUGUCAAGGAAACGCUGCUCCCUGCUCCUGCAGCAGGGGUGUCAGUGGCUCAGGAGGCACUGCUGGCAGCUCACAGCACCCCAGGGAUGGAGGCUACAGCAGGAGAGGUCCCAUCUGCAGCCCAGCUGCUGCCUCCUGUGAGUGGAAAAAUGGAAAUCACAAAGACAGCUGAAUCUACCCCCCGAGAGACGUUCUCAGCCGGCACGUUAGGGGAGGAGAACACCAAACCAGUGCCCGUGGGACCUCAGGGGAAGGGAGCAGGAGAGCAGACAGCCACAGCUCCUCACCAGGAAACAGCAACACCUUCAGGGACUUUUGAAGGAGGUGCUGAGGUUCAGCCACAGGUACCACAGGUUCUGCCUGGCCCUGAGAGACCUCAGGAGAUGUCUUUGGAGGAGAAAAUGCAGCACAAAAACCUGGUUUCCUCCUUAAAGAACUACCUGCUUCUACUUCUGAAAAUGUCAGAUAGCAGUAAGGAUGCCAUGAAAGAAGACACUGUCCCUGAGGACAAGGAGCAGCCAGAUGCAGGGCAAGGCAUGGUCCCAGAGAUAGGCAUUGCUGGCCUGAGCCCUCGCACCUCGAGGAGAGUUUUGGAAAAGGUACAAAACAACCAGCUCUUCCAGACAGCAGAGAACUUGCCUCUGACCCCCAGGACAUCCAGGAGGAUCACAGGCAUGAUCAACGAGGAGUUUGUUACCAGCAAGGAGAUGCUGGCUUGCAGGCCUGAGCCCCCAAGGAGACGCACCUGGGUGGCUCCCGAGGCGGAGGGGCCGUCCCAGCUCUCCGUGCCCUCCAUCGUGGUGGGCAGUGUACCAGCAGCAGCAGUGGGGCAGCCUCCUAAUCCUCCUGAUGUGCCUCCAGUGAGCUCUGAAGGGAGCCCUGGUGACUCUCUGGCAGUGCUGCCUUGUGCCACACCAGAAGAGCUUGCUUUGGGAGCCCGGCGCAAAAUAUACCUGCCAAAACCCAAACAGGGAGGGGGGGAAGAGGAGGCAACACCAGAGAACCCAGGGCACGUGAGAAGUCCAACUGUUUCGCCACGGCAAUCCAGGAAGAACGUGUCCCUCUUGCAUUCUCCUGCCCUGGCUCCAUCCUCUCCCACACAGCAGUACUCUCCCACCCUCACGAGGAAGAUGGCCACGUUGGAGGUUCCCAAGCUGUAUGAGGAGCCCUCAGGUGACAGCAGUGGUGACCACGAGGUCUCUGGAGAUGCUAAGCCAGAAGCACAGCCAGCAGAGUCCCAGAAAGAAAAUAACCCAUUUAAAGCUCCACAGGUGGUCCGUAAGAUCAGGGCAGAACAAUUUUCCGAUGCAUCAGGAAACCUGAAACUUUGGUGCCAGUUCUUCAAUAUAUUGAGUGAUUCUAAGCUGAUGUGGUACAAGGACGAGGUCCCCGUAGCAGAAGCCCAAAGGAGCUCUGGUGACGAGGGCCAGGCAGCCCUGGCUAUUGUGCAGGCGUCUCGAAAGGACUGCGGCGUCUACCGCUGCACGAUCAGCAACGAGCAUGGCACUGACACCACCGAUUUUCUGCUCAGCCCAGAAGUGUUGUCAGGAUUAAUCUUGCGAGAAGAGGUUGAAGUUGGAGAGGAGAUUGAGAUGACGCCCAUGGUGUUUGCAAAGGGUUUGGCUGACGCAGGCUACUGGGGGGAUAAGCUCUUCGGGCGCGUGGUGAGCGAGGACACGGAAGUGGGUGCUGGUUUCCUGCGCAAAGCCUGUCGUGCCAGAGCCAUCUAUGGCCUGGAGCCCAUCUUUGAGUCUGGCCACACCUGCGUCAUCAAAGUGCACAAUUUCAUUGUCUUUGGGACCAAGAACGAGAACAGCCUCAUCGAGAAGAACUACGAUAUCACCAUCCAGGAAUGUAAAGUCCAGAACUCCAGCCGUGAGUACUGCAAGAUAUUUGCUGCUGAGGCACGAGCUGUCCCUGAUUUUGGAGCGGUGCCCGAGAUAAUUCCUCUGUACCUGAUUUACCGACCAGCCAACAACAUCCCAUACGCCACAAUGGAGGAGGACCUGGGUGGGCCCUGUGAGCAGUACUGUGUCACUGACAGAGAUGGCAGCUUGGUGGCACGAGGCACCUCGGAGAUCGUGCUCAAAUGCUGCACCUUCCAGCAUUGGGUCUACCAGUGGACAAAUGGAAACAUCCUUGUGACUGAUAUGGAAGGAGUGGGCUGGAAGUUGACCAACGUGCGGAUCGCUACCAACCUGAAAGGGUACCAGGGGCUGAAGGAGAGCUGCUUCCCCUCCCUGCUGGAGCAAUUCCCAGCUGCUCACCGGUGCAACCGUUACUGCAGCAUCCUGGGCCUAAAGACGCUGGAGCCAGCCAAGCCCAAGGGUUCCAAGAGCCCCUGCAUGGGCAGGAAAUCUGCCCAGUCCAGCCCCCAGCUCCAGAAGAAGAUGCUGGCCAGUCCCCAGGGCACCCGCAAGGCUUCUGUGAGCCCCAAGAGCUCCCGGAGAGCCACAGAAGCAGGAGAAACCCUGGCAGCCUCCAAACCCAGGUCAGGAGAGAGCAGCAGGGCUGGCCACCCGCAGUAG